AUAUAUAUGAAAAUACUUUCAUUUAUUUGGUCUUUAUGGUUCCUAUAAUUAGCAGUGAUGUCAUGCAUGGUGUAAAAGAAAGGGGGUCGGCUAUAGUGAUACACACGGCGUGUCAGACACAGCUGCUCUGUUCCUAUUAGGGACACCGAUCAGCACAACAGUCCAUCCUUCCUCAUUUCAAUCUCUCUCUAAAGGAAAGAACACAAGAAACAGAGGGUUAUUUUAAAAAAAUAUAUAUAACAGUUUGGGUUUGUUGUUUGCAUUGCUGAAAAAAACAGUACUUCAUAAGGAUAUUGAAAAAUACACAAUCAAGAAUGAGCGUGGACGAGGAUGCUCGUUGGCUUGAAUGGGUCACCAAACAAUUUGAGACGAUUGCAGGAGAAGACAAGGAGAUUGACUUGGAUGAGUUUAAAACAGCUCUCAAAGUGAAAGAGUCUUUUUUUGCAGAGAGGUUUUUUGCACUAUUUGACUCAGAUGGAAGCGGAUCUAUUAGCCUCGAUGAGCUGCUGAAGGCUCUGGACCUCCUCAUUCAUGGCAACGAGACAGACAAGUUGCGAUUUCUCUUUCAGGUCUACGAUGUGGACGGAAGCGGUUCUAUAGACCCUGAUGAGUUGCGAACAGUGCUGAAAUCCUGUCUGAGGGAAAGUGCCAUCUCUCUGCCGGAGGAGAAACUGGAUGAUCUGACACUGGCUCUAUUUGAGUCAGCUGAUAAAGAUAACAGUGGCUCCAUUACAUUUGAGGAGCUGAAGGCAGAGCUCGAGAACUUCCCUGAAGUCAUGGAGAACCUCACCAUCAGUGCUGCUAACUGGUUAAAACCUCCCGAUGUGGACCAAAGGAAGAGGAAGACGCCUCGCUAUUUGACCCGAGCGUACUGGCAUAACAACAGCCGAAAGCUGUUUUUCCUCUGCCUCUACAGCUUCAUCAACAUUCUCCUCUUCAUCAUAGCUAUGCUCCAGCAUGCUGCUGGUGGACCCUGCUUCAUGUUGGCGAAAGGGUGCGGAAUAUGCCUUAACCUCAACUGCACGUUUAUUAUGGUGCUGAUGCUACGACGUUGUCUCACAUGGCUGCGUGCCACCUGGCUUGCGAAGGUCUUUCCUUUGGACCAGAACAUCCUUCUGCAUCAGAUAGUGGGUUAUGCCAUCUUCAUCUUCACUCUGGUGCACACAAUGGCACAUGUCAUGAACUUUGUUUUGCUAUCACAAGCUGAAAGAGGAUAUAGGAUGUGGGAAUACCUUUUCACCACACGUCCCGGUAUCGGAUGGGUUCAGGGUACUGCCUCUAUCACUGGGGUUGUGUUGCAGGUCCUCAUCUGUCUCAUGGUGGUUUGUUCCAGCACAUUUGUCAGACGCAGUGGUCAUUUUGAGAUAUUCUACUGGUCUCAUCUGUCUUAUAUCUGGGUCUGGGCACUGCUCAUAGUCCACUGUGCUAAUUUCUGGAAGUGGUUUGUGGCACCUGGUGUGAUCUUCCUUGUGGAGAAGUUAGUUGGCAUGGCAGUGUCUCGCAUGGCAGCUCUGUAUGUUGUUGAGGUCAACUUGCUGCCAUCUAAGGUAACACAUCUGGUGAUUAAGCGCCCACCGUUCUUCCAUUUUAAACCUGGUGACUAUGUCUACAUCAACAUCCCAGUCAUAGCCAAGUAUGAGUGGCACCCGUUCACCAUCAGCAGUGCACCAGAGCAACAAGAUAACAUGUGGCUCCACGUGCGCUCAAUGGGCCAGUGGACUAAUCGGCUGUUUGAGUAUUUUCGACAACCUGAGGGCCAAGCCAUCAGCAACAAGAGACUAACAGCCAGCCUGCGGAACAGAAGACACCAUGCAAGAACCCAGGAGGAGCUGUUUAAAUCUUUGGGCUGUGGUGGAACUGUAGCAUCUAAUGAGGAUAAUGCCAUUGAGCUAACUCUGUAUCGCAAGAACGGAGUACGGCCCAGUUCUCAGAGACCAAACCCAGACUUCGGAGUGCAAGUAGAAUUAGGAGACGGGCCUUCAGGUGCUAGAGAGAUCUCUGCAAAACUGAGCGAGAAUCAUCGAUAUUGUAACAUCAAGUGUUAUGUAGAUGGGCCCUAUGGCACACCGACCAGGCAGAUCUUUACCUCAGAGCAUGCUGUGCUAAUUGGGGCUGGCAUUGGCAUCACACCCUUCGCCUCCAUCUUACAAAGCAUCAUGUACCGUUAUCGAAUGAGGAAGCAGAACUGCCCGAAUUGCAACUACUCCUGGUGUGAGACUAUCAAAGAUAAUGAGAUGAAGCUGAGGAAGGUGGAUUUCAUUUGGAUAAACCGAGACCAAAAGUCCUUUGAGUGGUUCGUCAGCUUGUUGACCAAACUGGAGAUGGACCAGGCUGAUGAAGAACCUGAGGGUCGUUUUUUGGAGAUGCACAUGUACAUGACAUCAGCUUUGAGUAAGAAUGAUAUGAAGGCUAUCGGACUGCAGAUGGCAUUAGACUUGUUGGCAAAGAAAGAGAAGAGAGACUCCAUCACUGGCCUGCGGACACGCACACAACCAGGCAG